UCCCCACCCAUCCCGGCAGACAGACGUCUCGUUCACAGCUGCCGCGCAACUCAACAGAUUACGAUUUUCGGAAUCACAUUAUUUAAUAAUCAUUAUUAUUCCGAAAUCGAUUACCGUACACGGAAAACCACACGAAUUCGCUGCCGAGCCCCACUACAACACUUUUUCCGUCCGACCACUAUACCGCCGUGGACCACGGGGACCAAACGUUUUUGGGGCAGUAGUGCAGUACCGCGUGCAACAAUCCUACGCACGCGACGUUGGCUGUACACGACAGCGCUAUACGCGGUACCGGGUCGUGUCGCUCGUCUUGCCGGUUAUUGUGCUGUAAUAAUAGUAUUAUUAUAUUGAAUAUUUGUACGGAAUAACGUGCACCACGCCGUCGACGAGACCACCACCCGCCCACACACCGCUGCCGUACAUUGUGAAGCCGUAAGACAGUAUGACUGAUACAAUAAAAGAACUUUGGCUCAACGCAGAUGCAGUAUGUUUCGAUGUGGAUUCUACAGUUAUUCAAGAGGAAGCAAUUGAUGAAGUUGCUAAAUUUUGCAACAAAGGAUCAGAAGUUCAAAAAUUGACGAGCAGUGCAAUGUCAGGUAAGAUGGACUUUAGAGAAGCACUCUCAGCCCGACUUCAGAUAAUCAAACCGUCACUGCAACAAAUUCGAAAUUUCAUCAAAGACCGUCCUUUUAAUUUGACUCCGGGCAUUAAGGAACUUAUUGGAUUAUUGCAACAGAAGAACAUUCCCGUAUACUUAAUAUCUGGCGGAUUCCGUGGUCUCAUCGGACCAAUAGCUAUCGAACUAAGCAUUCCACUACAACACAUAUACGCCAAUAAAUUAAAGUUCUUUUUAAACGGAGAUUAUGCUGGAUUUGAUGAAAAAGAACCUACAUCAAAGAAUGGUGGUAAAGCAGAAGUAAUCCAAAUGUUAAAAGAAAAAUAUGGUUAUACAAAGCUGUUUAUGAUUGGAGAUGGAAUCACUGAUUUAGAAGCAUCUCCCCCUGCUGAUGCAUUCAUUGGGUUUGGUGGUAAUGUUGUUCGAGAAGAAGUAAAGUCUAAGUCAAAAUGGUACAUUGAAAGUUUUCAAGAACUUAUCGAUACUCUGAAGUGA